UGUGAGCAUGUGAAACUCCAUACAGACAAUCCGGGCUCCCUGGAGCUGUGGGACGCUAAAUGAAGGAAUAUAACGUAAAUAUAAAAAAAAAUCUGUAUCAUGAUGACGUCACCGCGGUGAAGACAAACGUCGCCGCUGAAGAAUGCGGCUUUGUGCGCAUGCGCAGUCUCUAACCGGAAGUGAUUAAUCCUAGGCAGGUUCCAGGCCCGAAAGCGUCGGGAAGGAUUUCUAUGGAAGAGAUGUCAGGAGAGAGUGCUGUGAGCUCGGCUGUGCCGGCUGCUACGACCCGGACCACCUCGUUCAAGGGGUCGAGUCCGAGCUCCAAGUACGUGAAGCUGAACGUGGGUGGAGCUCUUUACUACACCACCAUGCAGACCCUCACCAAGCAGGACACCAUGCUGAAGGCCAUGUUCAGCGGCCGCAUGGAGGUGCUCACCGACAGCGAAGGCUGGAUCCUGAUUGACCGAUGCGGGAAACACUUCGGCACUGUGCUGAACUACCUGCGUGACGGCGUGGUGCCUCUGCCUGAGAGCAGGAGAGAGACAGAGGAGCUGCUGGCUGAAGCCAAGUACUACCUGGUGCAGGGUUUAGUGGACGAGUGUCAGGCCGCACUGCAGAACAAAGAUGCCUAUGAGCCCUUCUGCAAAGUGCCCUUAGUGACAUCACCUAAAGAAGAACAGAAACUCAUUGCCACGUCAAAUAAGCCUACCGUUAAACUCCUGUACAACAGAAGCAACAAUAAAUACUCCUACACCAGUAACUCGGACGACAACAUGCUGAAGAACAUCGAGCUGUUCGAUAAGCUCUCUCUGCGCUUUAACGGGCGUGUGCUCUUCAUUAAAGACGUGAUCGGAGAUGAGAUCUGCUGCUGGUCGUUCUACGGUCAGGGCAGGAAGAUCGCGGAGGUGUGCUGCACCUCCAUCGUCUACGCUACUGAGAAGAAGCAGACCAAGGUGGAGUUCCCCGAGGCACGGAUCUAUGAGGAGACACUGAACAUCCUGCUGUACGAGUGUCAGGACGGCCGCGGGCCCGACAACGCGCUGCUGGAGGCGACAGGGGGCGCUGCAGGACGCUCGCACCACCUGGACGAGGACGAGGAGCGUGAACGUGUCGACCGUGUGCGCAGGAUCCAUGUCAAGCGACCUGACGACCGCACACAUCACCACCAGUGACCUCUAAUCCUCGUUUGACCUCUGACCUGCAACCCCUGUGCCUUAAUCACCCAGUUCCACCCCUCCCUCCCUCUCUCUCUCUCUCUCUCUCUCUCUCUCCCUGUGAGGGAUCACAGUGCUGGCCAAGCAUUCACACAGUGAAAAGAAAGAAAGAGAGAGAGAAAGAAAGGGAGGGAGGGAGAGAGAAAGAAAGGGAGGGAGGGAGAGAGAAAGAAAGGGAGGGAGGGAGAGAGACGCAUAUAGCAAUCGCUGAAUUCUGAGAUCCAUUUCCACUCCUUAUAGGUUUUAAAAUAUGGUCUGAAGCUGAUACUUGAUGCCAGGUUGCUUUCUUUCUCUUCCAUGCCAGCGUAUUGCUCGUCUUAACGAAUGUAGUUCAUUUUGAACUGAUGCAGAACGGCGUGUAUUUGAAUAGUGAUGACGUGAGCAGCAGUCAGGAGUCCUAAAAUCAGCACUAUGGCGCUCAGCGUUGUGAUUUUGUUUAAACGUCAGCACCAAACAUUGCUGCAGUUAGAGCUCUAAAAUGGACAGUGUUAGCUUUUAUCAGGUUGUGUAUUGUGUGCGUUAUGUCUGAGACGGACUGUGUGUCGUGUAUUAACUGCUCCUACAAUUACUGAUCUUCUGAGCAUUGAUUCUGCAUGACUAGUGUCUCUGUACUGAUAGAUUUGUGUUUCUUGCUAUUGAUGUACUGAGAGUAGAGAUGGAGGGAAAGAAGAUAGUGUGACUGUUUGUCCACCAGAGGGCAGUACUGUGCUCGUUUUGCGCCUUUAGAAAGCAGGCUGUGGUCACGUUGAGCAAUAACUACCCCUAUAAAUCAUGUCAGCGAUACUUGGUGAUACGUACUUGUGAUGUGGUGGAUUACAGGAGGAAAAGCGUAGAUCAUUUCACCAUGUGCUGUUUAAUUAAUUAGUGGCAGGCAGGUAACAUCGCCUCUCUCUGUGGGUCUGCUGAGUGAAACCCAGAUGAAGUGCUGAGUGUGCGUGAUUCAGUAAUGCAAGGUAACUGUAAACUCUGCUGAAGGAGCAUUGUCGUUUUCCCCAUACAGGACAGGGUCCUGCUCUGUUGCUUAACACAAGAUCACAGAUCCAGGAUCAGCUUGUGCUUUUCACAUAACCAGUAGAGUUUAUACUGAAAGUGUAGAACUGGUCCGGGAUCAGCAGUAACAUUACUGAUCCAGAAUCAGCAAGCUCUGUAUUAUUUUCGCUACAGUAUGAAAGCUGAUCCUAGAUCAGCGAAGUCUGUUCAAUAUAAUUUCAGUUAAACUAUGUCUCUUGUUUAGUGUGUGUGUUUGUGCAGUCACAUUUUUCUGUCAUUAGUCUUAUUAAAGGCACAUUUAUGUAAUCUGUAUACUGUAGAGAUGUUUGUACAGAUGUGCACAUGAUUUAAGAAAUGUUUUACAUACAAUUAUAUUUAUACACUCCUUAUUGCAAAUAAAUAUUUCUACAAAUUUUCCAAGACCAGAA